UGCUCUUGCGUGGGGAAAGCGAGCCUUCUAGAAUGUGGGCUAUGGCGAGCGUGAGCGACAUGGAUCGCGGAAUCUAGCUGCUUCGGAUGCCAGAUUGAGGUGUGUAUCCAGCGCGCGGAUUUGCGAUGGCGGCGGCAGCGGCGGGCGAGGAUGGGGCGAAGCAUGGGGCGGGAUCUAUCGCUCGGCAGACCUCCAUUUACUCGCUCACGCUGGACGAGCUCCAGACGACGCUCGGCGAGCCGGGGAAGAAUUUCGGAUCCAUGAACAUGGACGAGUUCCUCAAGAACAUCUGGACCGCGGAGGAGAGCCAGGCAAUGGCGGCGGCCAUGGCGCCGGACAACAGCGCGCUGUGCCGGCAGCCCAGCCUCCGGGCGCCGCUGCCGAGGACUCUGAGCAGGAAGACGGUGGACGAGGUGUGGAAGGGCAUCCAUCGGCCGGGCGAGGAGGAUCAAUCGCAAGGCGAGAAUGGGCGAGAGGCGGCGCAUGCAACGCAAGCCACUCUUGGAGAGAUGACUUUGGAGGAUUUUCUCAUCAAGGCCGGGGUGAUGAACGAAGAAGCUGGCGCUGCUCAGGACCCAAAGCCUGUCGUGGCUACUGCGAAUGGAGGCGGAGUUCCUCACGCUGCUGCGCUGGGUAUGGAGUCCAACCAGCAGGGAGAUUGGCUGGCGUCGAACCAGUAUGGGAAUACUGCGACGAUGGCUGCCGCGAUCUCUCAGCAGCAGCAGCAGCACCAGCAGCAGCAGCAACACCAGCAGCAGCAGCAGCAGCAGCAACGCCAGCAGCAGCAGUUCCUCCAGCAGCAAGUGGAGGUGGCGGCUUACAUGAACGCUUCAAAGAUGGGAAACGGAGGAGCUAUGACUGCGCUUGGACAAGCUGGGAUGUUUGGAGCGAGUUCUCCACCGAGCCCCGGAUCGGACAGCCAAGGGAAUGGUUUUGGGCUUCCUUCGAUGGGAUUCGGGAUGGAAGGAAGGGGUCGGAAGAGGGGACUGGACGGACCGGUUGAGGUGGUUUUGGAGCGGAGGCAGCGACGGAUGAUCAAGAAUCGCGAGUCGGCUGCGAGGUCUCGAGCUCGCAAACAGGCUUACACAGUGGAGCUGGAAGCCGAAGUGAGCCACCUCAAGGAAGAGAAUACGAGGCUCAAGAAGCAACAGGAAGAAUGCGAAGUGAGGGAUAGAAAGCAAGCAAAGAUAUUGGAAGCAAUUGUAUCCAAAAGCGAGCCUAUGUGUUUACCAAAGCCAAAGCCAUUGAAGAGAACGCUAACUGGGCCCUGGUAGAUGUUAAGUCACUGCUCCUCUUAGCUAUUAAUGUGUACAUUAACAUUACAUUAAGUUAACUGGAGUCAAUCUCA